CGGUUGCCCUGGUGACGGCGCGAGCCGCAUUAUUUGAAUCUGACAGAGGGAGCCGCAGCUCGUGGAGAGGUAGCGGGUGAGCCGGGGCAGGAGGCAGACUGCAACAAUAAUGACCGGGAGACCUCGAGGAGCUGCCAGACGGAGGGGGCAAAUGCCAAGGAGGAGAUCACCAUUGAGAGUUUCUCCUGCACACUCACCGCCAAGGAGGAGGUCACCAGCCAGGGCACCCACUGAAAGGUCACCAGUGAGAGCGUCUCCUGCAAGAUCACCACGAGGGAGGAGGACACUAACGAGUCCCCGGAGGAGAUCCCCAAUUGACCCAGGGCGUAGACCAAGAGAUCAGCCACCUACCGGACGGAGAAGGUUCCGCCCGGGUACCAGGGCCUUGAUGGAGAUCCGCAAGUAUCAGAAAUCCACGGAUUUGCUUAUCCGCAAGCUACCAUUCGGCAGACUGGUUCGUGAAGUGGCCUCUCGUUUCACCAGGGGCAUUGAGUUCAGAUGGCAAGUCAAUGCUUUGUUGGCAUUGCAGGAGGCUUCUGAGGCAUUUCUGGUGCUGCUCCUGGAGGAUGCCUACCUCUGCACCCUUCACGCCAAGAGAGUUACUCUGUUCCCAAAGGACGUGCAGCUGGCCCGCAAGAUAAGGGGCAUCCAAGAAGGUCUGGGCUAAGGGAAGGAAAGCAAGUUUUCCAUUCAGUUUUGAUCUGCUCCCCCUCGCCUGUCCAUUGGUGCUGUCUAAUUGCCAAACAAACAAAAAAAGACCAAGUUAAAACUGUAUAGUGGAGACUGAGGGCGACGGGAGCUGUGGUCUGGAACUGCCGCCUGCUUAGGGCCCCUGCCAAACGUCUCUUAACACAGAGCCCGUUGCAUUAUUGUAACGUAGCUAUUUUAGCUCUGCGCUUAAGUAGACGCCUGGCCGUUCUAUGACUUGUAAAUUUUAAGCUUUUUGUACUUUUCAAUCUGUAAUAUCGCUUUUGCAAUUCAAAUAGUACUGAGCAGCUGAUUUGUCAUUUGGUGUUUCAACUACUCUCCACAAUCUGUAAUACAGAUCCCCCACUCUGAUUCCUUGGUCCCCAUGUGCACCCCCUGCUGACACAGGCUUCAGCUGUGCUGCUGGGGUGGAGCUGUCAGUUGUUGAUCUACAAAUGUUAGGGUGCUGCUUGCUGGGUGAGUGCUUGCCCUAGCGCUCGGUGUCACCAGCAUUUGCAGGUUUAACCAGCAGGUAACAUAGUGUGUUGAUCUUGCCGCUGCCUGAGCUCCAUCUGGACAGAAGGGAGUGCAGGCGAGGAAUCAUUAAAUUAACUCUUGAGUAUUGGUGCCACUUCCAGUUCAGCCUUGUGGCUGCCUCUGAUCUCGAUAUAAAUCAGGAAGCCUAGCUUAUUGUUCUGGAGCUCUGC